UCCAUGGACAGUACAGAGGCAGCAGGAGGUGGGUACAAGCAGCGGAGAUUGAACCUUACAGAGCCUGCAGCGCAGCGCACAGGACCACACUUCACGGCUGUGUUUAAAAUAGAUUCAUGUCAGCGAAUGACAGCCCGUGAAAAACUCGCUGAUGUCUCGGAGAUGAGAAAAAUAAUAAUCGCCAUGAAGACACCGUCAUGUUACCGACUCCUUGCUUUCAAUUCGUCGCAGCUUGUGACUUAGUUCAGCGGCCAGAGGGGGCUGACCUGCUGGGACGGACAGUUCUGACAUUUCAUUCGCUGACAUGAGAAGCGCGAGGAGACGCUGAUGGAGCUCCAGGACCUGGGGUGGCUGUGCAUGGUGGCUCUCUUCCUGGCCUCCUUACUCAUUGUGCUGGCAUGGUUCGUUCAGUAUUCCCUGGCAGUGCUGCGGCUGUGGAGAGCCAAGUGGACAGCCAAGCAGGGCAAGAAAGGAAGAGCCUGGCAGCAGUUUCUCCCCAAAUGGAUAAGGGAGAGGAACCAGGCGAGUGGCGUGUGGGGCAUUCUGACGCAUCUUCAGGCCGGAUGGGACGGAAGAGCUGCUUCUGAGACCGGGGUGAAGGGGCUGGUGACCUCUCUUUUCUCCUUCAAAUCCUUCAGGGAGCAAUGGCAGAGGACCUGGGUCAAAGCACUGAAUGAGCAAGCAAGCAGGCAUGGGAGUUCUAUCCAGAUCACAUUUGACAGCAGUUUACAGCUAAAUACUAAAUGCGAAAUAGAGAGUGUGGCCUGCACUGACCAAUCAGCACAUCGAAUGGUCCUACAGUGUAAAUGCCGUGUGGACAACAUGACGUUUCCUGUGUCAGUCACUCAACAGUCAGCCGCCACUGUCUCCAUGGAAACAUAUCAGAUCCAUAUUGUACCAGUGGUGGCCAAGAUGGAAGUAUGUCUUGAAGAAGUGGAAAACGAAGGGCUGCUAAUGUCCUGGAAUCUUUUAAGACAGUCUUGUUUUUCUAUAUCGAUAUCAUCUCUCAAGAUCCAGAAACAGAGCCAUGCAGGUGAAGGAGAGUUAGAUGUGAUUAGGGGACUUGUAGAGGACUCUCUCUUUGGCGCUCAGCCAGCUAUGGUCUUGGAUCUGAAAACUUGUGUGUCAGGUCCCCUGAUAACAAAGGAUUACUUAUCCAUAGGACCCCACAGUGUCAGACGGCUCCAGCUCCGGCAGCUCAGAGUGACCUUAUCCAAAGACCUGUGGCUGAAGUCAGGGGAGCUCUGCUGUGUCCUGAACUUGGACCAACCCUCCACAGAGAAGACCACGCGCUUCCUAUAUUUGCCCAGUAACCCCAACACCCCAGUGGAGUGGAGUGAAGACAUUUCUUUUGACUUGGGUCUGGAAUCCAAAGAGCUGAGAAUAAGACUUUUGGAGCGAAAUGGCAAGCGGGAAAAGUUCUUGCCAGGACAUGCAACAAUUAUCUUGGAGCAGUGCAAGGUUUCUCAAGAACAACGUAUGUUAUCAAUCAGCCCAGGCUAUGGACUGGCUCCAAAUGCUACUGUGACUGCAGAGAUUACGUUUGUAGAGACAGGGGAACCUAGUGGUAGUGUUUUGCCUCUUCGCUCCUCCCUCACGCCAACAAAGAAAGUGGAUGUAGAUCGAACAAUAAUGCCUGAUGGGACCAUUGUAACCACUGUCACCACUGUCCAGUCUCGUCUCAAGCUCGAUCACAGCCCAGGUGACUCUCCCUUGCGGUCACCCUCUAAAGUGGAGGUAACAGAGAAGAAGCCCACCAUUCUGUCCGAUGGAAAAAGUAGCUCAAGCCCCAAUCCCAGCAAGGCCAGUCGUCUCUCCAAUGGCCUGGACCCUGUUGCUGAGACGGCCAUUCGUCAGCUGACAGAGUCCAAGGUGGUCCGGAAGACCCCGACUAAAAGAAGCACACUGAUUAUCUCAGGCGUAUCAAAGGUUCCACUCUCCAAAGACGACAGCUCAUUAUCGAGUGGCUACGCAGCAGCGAUGGAUGCGGCUCAUGGGAACCAUUAUGGGACAGGGCAUCCUGCUGACCCUGAUGAGACCACACCAUCAGAUGUGUCAGAGCGCCCUUCGGUGGACGAUGUGGAGUCGGACACAGGCUCCACUGGUGCGCUGGAGACUCGCAGCCUCAAGGACCAUAAAGUGGGCUUUCUGCAGAGUGGGACCAAACUGCUGUUCCGCAGAAAACAUCAAGAGAAAGAGUCCUGCUUCAGUCAGUCUCAUGAAGACCUCUCCAACAUGGGGAAUAACUUUGUUGUGUCCACAGCGAGCACCCACAAAAAGUCAGGCAGCUUUUCACGACGUCUCAUUAAACGCUUCUCAUUUCGCACAUCAAGCAAGUCAAAAAGCAAAACUUCUUCUGCAAAUGGAGGGGCAAGUUCACUGGAUAACUGACAAAGCAGAAGACAUGACUUUACUGUUGUAAAUAUAUGAAAUAAACUGUUGUGGCUUCUGGCUUUGAGAAGAAUGGCCGAGCUUUAAGAAUGCACUGUUAGAAACACAAAGACCCCUGGAGGGUUGUGCAUUCAUGAGUAGAAGAUGCCUCUGCGAGGAAUUUUCCCAAAAGAAAAGUCACAAACCGUUUUUUUUUUUUUUUCUUUUUAUAAUUUAUUAUAAGUUAUAUUAGUUUCAAAUAUUAAUCAUCUCAAUGGUUGCACUUGUUUUUCUUUUUACUGUGCAUAUAAUUAAAUAGAUAUUAUGAAAUAAAUUACUAUAAACAAACUAUUUUAUCACAGUAUAGUGAGGAUGCUAUAGAGUAUAUUUAUGCUGAAAUUAUUUAUGUUAGCCUUUUUGUGUCAGCUCUGUAACUGUCUGUACAGUUGUUUUGGGAUGUUGUACAUUGUACCUGAAAACAGAUGUUUGUUCCUUUUAAAUAAGUUUGAGUUGCACUUUAUGUGAAAGACUAUUUUGGUUUGCUCACAUUAUGAAAUAUUUUGAGAGAUAUUUCUUCAGUCUUCAUAGACAGUGACAAAAAGGGCAAUACAAUGCACUAUGGUUUGAAUGUGACAUGGCCGGGAAUAAAUGUGUGUAUAAUUUAUUACAAUUAAAUUAUUCUGAAAUCAAUUUUGUUUUAUAGGAACCUGUCAUCCGACCAAUCUGUAGGCCUAUUUAAGGCUAUCUCAAGGUGUACAGUGAAUUAAACAAUAUAUGAUAACAUCUGCUCAAAUGCAAACCCUACUGAGCUACUCACUCCUUCACAGCGCAGUACAUAAGGGGCAUAAAGCAUUUGACAGUUAGAAUC